AUGCGCCACGUACGCGCGGCCGCGGCCAACAAGCGGGACCGCGGCAGUUCGCAGCAACGCAUGAUGGACUCGCUCUUCCGUCAGAACCGCGUGACUGUGCCGCGCGAGACCGGAGUGUCGUCGGGCAAUUUCGUCUCGGACCCGCUCACGCCGCGGGACGAGAUUGCGGUGACCAUGCCGUCCAACAACAAGGCCGACGUCGUCACCGGAGCAGCGGCCAUGGCGUUCAACAACAGAAGUCGGCCUGGCAGCGGUGCAGGCUCCAACGCGAGCAUCGAGACCCCGACUGACAGCUAUAACGCCAACGAAUACGACUCGUUCACAGGCCGGCACAACGCGCCGUCGAUGGUGUCGGUCGCGUCCUCGGGCGCGUAUCAGACAAACUCGGAGUUCCACCGGACGAACUCGGAGUUCUCCGAGGGCAGCUCUCUCGGCAGCAUCGCGCCGUCGGCCACGUCCAGCCAGCGGUCCGCGCAGCUUCCAGGGUUCCCCACACGCCUCGAGACGGUCGCAGCCUCGCAGAUUCGGUCCUCGAAGCGCGGUUCGUCGGCCACGUCGAUCGGAGACGUGCCGCGAGACACCCACCGCUCGGACCGAUCUAGCAGCGACUUCUCCGUCUUCAACGCGUCCGUGGACGACGACGUCUAUCGCAUGAGCACGCAGCUGAUCGACGUGUCGGCGCUGCCAUCCACCACGUCGGAGCAUUCGGAGCCGCGCGAGAGCGGCGAAAGCUACCGGGACAGCCACAUGAGCGACGCUCUGAGCGAAUUCAGCGUGGACGACAGCUACGCCACGGGCCGCAGCACGGACAACAGCUACACGUCGGACCGCCGCACCGACAACAGCUUCGGCACGAACCUCAGCAUGGACGACGGCUUCGCUACCGAGGGCAGCUUCGCUACUGAGGGCAGCUUCGCCAUGCGCUCGACACACGACACGGACGACGACUUCUUCCGCCGCGACUCGGACUCGAUCGUGUUCCGCUCGUCCAAGGAUUCCAAGGAUUCCGAGCUCAGUGAAGGCGAGAUCUAA